AUGGCUUUCAUUGCUUUUUUAUCCUUUUUGUUAAUCUCAUUGUUUUCUGUUCUGCCAAUUUUUGGUCAUCAUCUAAAUUCAUCACCUUUUUACUUCAUCAAAAACCUUCAAGAUUAUGAAAAAGGUAGCAUUGCACCAGCCCUCCAUGACCUCAAAUUAUACCUAGCCCGAUUCGGUUAUCUAAAUUACAAAAAGUUCCCUUACAACAUGAGUCCCGAAAACUACUACUUUGAUGAAGACCUUGAGGCUGCUCUCAAACGUUAUCAAAACUUUUACCGUUUGAACCCAACGGGAAAACUAGAUAAGCCCACGGUUUCACAAAUGCUCUUGCCUCGUUGUGGACAGCGUGAUAUCAGAUAUAACCAACCUAACACAAAUUUUUUACAUACCGUGUCUCAUUAUAAACUCUUUCCUGGCUUUUUUAGAUGGCCUGCGGGUAAAACCAACCUCACGUAUGCAUUCAACCUAAGCUUUCCAAAUGAAUAUAUACCUCCUGUCAUUCGUGCUUUCGACACCUGGGCUUUGGCUUCUUCUGGAUACUUCACAUUUACUAGAGUUGAAGAAAUCACGGGUGCAGAUUUAAAGAUCGGGCUUGAAAGAGGGGAGCAUGGAGAUGGGCAAGCUUUUGAUGGGCCUUAUGGUAUAAUAGCACAUGCUUAUGCGCCAACAGACGGAAGAUUUCAUUAUGAUGCAGAUGAGAAUUGGUCUGUUGGGCCUGGACCCGUUCCUUCAACACUUGAUUUGGAGACAGUGGCUCUUCAUGAAAUAGGACAUCUGCUUGGAUUAGACCAUAGCAAAGAUGAAAAUGCCAUAAUGUGGAGUAUAAUUUAUGAUGGGUCUGUAAAAGGAUUGGCUUUAGAUGAUAUUUUAGGGCUGAAGGCUUUGUAUGGGCUUAUGAAUGGGCCUUAG